CAUACGGGUGAAAAGCAGUUUACAUGUGUGAACUGUGGGAAAAGUUUUUUUCAAAAACAUGAUUUAACUCGGCACAUGAUGAUUCACACUGGUGGAAAACCAUUUUCAUGUGUGACCUGUGGAAAAAGUUUUAGUCGAAAACAGCUUUUAACUGGACACAUGAGAACUCAUACAGGUGAAAAGCCGUUUUCAUGUGUGAACUGUGGAAAAAGUUUUGGUUAUAAACUGGCUUUAACUCGGCACAUGAUGAUUCACACUGGUGAAAAGCCGUUUUCAUGUGUGAACUGUGGAAAAAGUUUUGGUUAUAAACUGGCUUUAACUCAGCACAUGAUGAUUCACACUGGUGAAAAGCCGUUUUCAUGUGUGACCUGUGGAAAAAGUUUUAGUCAAAAACCGCAUUUAACUAAGCACAUGAUGAUUCACACUGGUGAAAAGUCUUUUUCAUGUGUGAACUGUGGAAAAAGUUUUAGUGAAAAACAGCAUUUAACUGGACACAUGAGAACUCAUACAGGUGAAAAGCCGUUUUCAUGUGUGAACUGUGGAAAAAGUUUUUGUCAAAAACCGGGUUUAACUCGGCACAUGAUGAUUCACACUGGUGAAAAGCCGUUUUCAUGUGUGACCUGUGGAAAAAGUUUUAGUCGAAAACAGCAUUUAACUGGACACAUGAGAACUCAUACAGGUGAAAAGCCGUUUUCAUGUGUGAACUGUGGAAAAAGUUUUUGUCAAAAACCGGGUUUAUCUCAGCACAUGAUGAUUCACACUGGUGAAAAGCCGUUUUCAUGUGUGACCUGUGGAAAAACUUUUAUUCGAAAACCGGAUUUAACUCAGCACAUGAUAAUUCACACUGGUGAAAAGCCGUUUUCAUGUGUGAACUGUGGAAAACGUUUUUGUCAAAAACCGGGUUUAACUCAGCACAUGAUGAUUCACACUGGUGAAAAGCCG